AGUGCCCAUAUCCCUGGAGGAUGGGGAGAUUGAAGGGAUGGAGGGGAUGGAGGGGAUGGAGAAUCACCCGUGGGAAGGUGGGCGGCAGUGGGGAUGGGGUCUCUGCUCCCGCCCUGCUCCCAGUCCCGGCGCUCCGAGAUCCGCAGGAGCUCAGACCCCGCUCCUCCGCCUCAGUCCCAGCACUUCCCUCCCCAUCCUUUCCCAAAACUCCCCUCCGAGUCCCGGUCUCCAUCGCGCCGGGGGGCCGGCGACGCCGGGCUCGCCCCGUUUCGUAAGCGGGGCCGGGUGAGCGGGGACGCGUGCGCGGGGCGUGGGAUGAGUUCAGCCUCUUGGCUCCGUUCCCUGGAUCCCAUCCCUGGAAAUGUCACUGGAAACUCUGAAUGGGCCGGGCCCGCUCCGGACGGGGGGCAGAGCACCCCGGGGGGGGCCGGGGCACACGGGGACCCAGCGCCGGGGACGACGGCGGCUCCCGGGGGAUGCUCUUGGGGGGAUCUCCCCUCCAGCCCCCCGCUCCAUGAGCUGAGGCCCCCCCCCGCUCCUCCUCCCGGCAAAGUUCGUGCCGUGAAUUUCCCUUCCCUGCCGCUCGCAGCUCCGUCCCGCUCGCCCCGGGGCUCCCCAAACCCGGGGGUCCCCGCUGGCACGGCCCAGGAGGGCACGGGCACUCCCGGGGCACCAUCCCGGCCCCCCCCGGCCAUGGCGGGCCGGCUCCUGCCCCCUGACACCAGCCCCGCUCCGGGUGUGGAGGGCGUUCCGAGCCUCCACCGGCCCCUGCAGCACGCGGUGACACGGGUGCCCGUCAUCCGCCACCGCGGCUCCAACACCCUCAACUUCCACUUCCACGACACGGAGACCCGCGGCACCGCCGGGAACGGUCAGGGAGCUCCCAAGAGCUCAGUGAAUGAGUGGUACCAGACCUGGCCGGCCAAGGAGAGCACCCCGGCGCCCGCCCGCCGCACACCCAGCCCCGGGGCUGCCCCCGCCUGCCCACGGCCGCCGGGCUGGUCGGCGACCUGGACCAAGGACAGCAAGCGGCGGGAGAGGCGCUGGGUGAAGUACGACGGCAUCGGGCCCGUGGACGAGACGGGGAUGCCCCUCGCCUCACGCUCGAGCGUCGACAGCCCCCGGGACUGGUACCGCAGCAUGUUCCGGCAGAUCCACCGCAAGCUGCCAGAGCCCGACUGGGACACCCGUUCCUGCCCCGCCACGGCGCCGCCCUCGCCCCCCAAACCGCGGAGGAGGGGGUCGGCCCCUGCCGAGCCCCCCGGGAUGCCCAACGGGACGGAGUGGAGCCGCUGGGGUUCCGCCGGCGCCGCCGCCGAGCCUGGCAGCAUUUUUGACUACGAACCAGGGGAGUUCUCUCCUCCGGAGCAGACCCCGGCGGCGGCACGGCCGAAGCGGGCUCGGUCCAUCGAGGUGCUGCUGGAGCAGGAGCUGGAGCAGCUCAGCGAGGAGCUGGACAAGGACAUGAGGGACAUGGAGACGCGCCGGACGCCCCGCAAGAGCCCGGCUGCUGCUCCCACCGCUCGCUCCCCUGCUCCGGCCUCCCCGGCUGCUCGGAGCCCCCUGUCACCCCAGCGGCUGUGGAGCCCCCCUGUCACCCCCAGCAUGGAGCAGGGAGGGCUGGGGCUGGCCAGUGACCGGAGCCACGCAGCCCCCGGCAGAGACACCCUCAGGCCCGGGACCCUCCCCAGCCUGUCAGACCUGGGGGAGCCCGUGGAGGCCGUCAAGAGGGAGGAGAAGAAGAUGAAAGCUGCUCGCCUCAAGUUCAACUUCCAAGCUGAGUCUCCCAAGGAGCUGACGCUGCAGAAGGGGGACAUCGUCUACAUCCACAAGGAGGUGGACAGGAACUGGCUGGAGGGGGAGCACCACGGCCGCGUCGGCAUCUUCCCCUCCAACUACGUGGAGAUCCUGCCGCCCACCGAGGUGCCCAAGCCCAUCAAGGCUCCCGCGCUCCAGGUGCUGGAAUACGGCGAGGCGCUGGCGCUCUACAACUUCCGUGGGGAUCUGCACGUGGAGCUCUCCUUCCGCAAGGGCGAGCGGAUCUGCCUGGUGCGGCGGGUGAACGAGAACUGGUACGAGGGGCGGAUCUCGGGCACCAGCCGCCAGGGCAUCUUCCCCGCCACCUACGUCCAGGUGCUGAAGGAGCCGCGGGUCAAAGGCACGGCCGAGGACGUCCCCUCCCGUCCCGCCCCCGCCAGCCCCCGGCCCGCGGCCGGAUCCCCGUCCGCUCCCCGGAUCCCGCAGGCUCCCACCGGCUCCCCCCGGGAAGCGGAGCGCCUUCCGGGGCUGACGGGCGUCCGUCCGUCCUCUCCGGGCCACCUCGGCGCCACCUUCCCCCCGUCCCCGAAGCUGCCCCACGCUGGCACCCCCAGCCCCUUGGCGGCCUCUGCCAGCCCCCCGCACCCCACGGCCGCCCACCCGCAGGAGCCCUGGCGUCCCGCCUGGACCCCGGAGCAGCGAGCGACCCCGGGGGCACAAAGCGGCGCCCGCCCCGAGCCCGCCCCGUCCUACAACGGCUCGGAAAUCCGGUGGACCCCGUACCGGGCGCUCUACCAGUACCGGCCCCAAAACGCCGACGAGCUGGAGCUGCGGGAAGGGGACCGGGUGGAUGUCAUGCAGCAGUGCGACGACGGCUGGUUCGUGGGAGUGUCCAGGAGGACGCAGAAAUUCGGCACUUUCCCCGGGAAUUACGUGGCGCCGGUGUGACCCGCGGCCACGGGGACCCCGGGGGGGGGGGGAGUGGGGCUGGGGGCUUCCCCCUGUCCCCCCCCCUCGCCCACCCCGUGUCCCCCCACGGGGAUGAAGUGCCUCCAGCUCCCUCCCGCCCCUAUGGGGCUGCCUCUAACACGGACAAAUCCCCCCGGUGCGGGGCGUCUCCCGCAACUCCGUGCCUUAACACGCCCCCUCCUCACCGCCGCCCGCUGCCGCCGCCUCGGGGGUCUCCCCGGGGGUCCGGCCGGUGCCGAGCCUGACCGUGACGGCCGCGACCCGGGAUGCGGGUCCGUGUCCGGGAGUCGCCUUCGCUUCUUUUCCCUCAUUAAAGCUCAGCUCGUUAAAGCUCAGCUCAGCCCCGAGACUCCGAGAGCGCCGGCAUCGGGGAGGAGCCGCUCCCGGGACCCGU